AUGGAAGUCGAGCAAGAUAUUGAAGAAUUAUUAAUCAUGAGAGACUCAGAUUUGAUUAUCCUACAAGCUCAAGGAGAAUGGGAAACCCGAGAUGUCAAGCUUAUUCAUUAUAAGCAACAUGUGGAAGAACUUGGCAAGCGUUCCACGUCGAUAGAGUUCAGAUACAUCCCUCGUUGCCACAAUGAAUUAGCUGAUGCGCUUGCCACUUUGGCCUCGAUGCUGCCAUACCCAAGCAAUGCCUACAUUGAUCCCUUGGAAAUCCAAAUCAAGGAAAGGCAUGACUAUUGUAAUGCGGUCGAGGUAGAACCAAAUGUUCAGCCAUGGAGUGUGUGGACCCCAUAUGAACGAGUAUGUUUUGGCAAAGAAAAUCCUCCGAGCAGGCUACUACUGGAUGACCAUGGAAGAGAUUGCUUCAG